AUGUUCGAAGAUCUAGCAGACGGCGGCGCCGACUCAAUUGGGGUCUGGCGCGAUGGUGGGCUGCCGGACAGCUCACCUUGUUCCAAGUGCCUCGAGCUUCACCAGGCUUAUGCACCAUGCAUUCCUUCCAAGCCCCCUUCGGCAGAUGCGGUGUCACUUCCCCCUCGGUCGACAAAGUCUGGGAUUGCUGGGGCGUUAUCGCUCCAUGAUUAUCGCAAAUAUCUCUCGCAGUCCGCAGAGUGCGUUGUCGAUCCCGUUGAUCGUUCAGAGAAAACGCUUAAACGGAAGACCGCGACGUCCAACUUGAACCGUCCACCGGCACUCACGUCGCUAUCGUCGUCUGCAGUAUCGGUCUCAUCGGCGGCGUCGAGUCCUCCUCCUUUGUCGCCCUCGUAUUCGCACAGUAUAAUAUCCCAGCGAAGCGAGCAAGAGCCCGAGGUUUCAGAGGUUGCUACUACUGCCCAUCAAACCCAGGGCCCACGAGUUCAUCUUGUCUCGGAAAACUGUAGCCGUCCGAGACCAAACAGGAAGCGAUUGAACACCUUCCGCGAGAAGCUUCAACUCGCUCAGGAUCGGACUCAGGCUCAACAUUCGCCUCCGUCUCAUCCUCAGACGUCCGACUCAAUGCUGGCCAGCACGCAGGCCGUCGCCACCAUCUCCCAUGGCGGGGCAUCGUUCGAGAUCCUCAAUCCGCGCAAGUCGCUGGAUGUCGCGCGGAUUGUCUCAUUUAUCGAGGAUGUGGAUAGCUGCUCGCUCCUCUCGGUGGACAAUGGCCGGGACUCUCGCAUUUCGACCAACACCUUUUCUUUAGACAAGGGAUUAGACCGAGCGUCGCUCUCCCAGUUCACGGAUGCUUCUUUGCCAUCCCACUACUCUUCACACUCUCUUUACACUUCUGUAACAACCGGAUAUACCACGCCCAAGAGGCAAACCGCGGAUAUCCCCUCGUCGUCACCUGGAGUGCACGAUCGAGUUCGUUCGCUCUCCGAUUACUCUCUUCGUGAACAUAAUUAUUGGAAUCAAAACCAGCAACACAAUGCCCAAAAGCACGGCGAGGAAAUCUAUCACGACCUCGUCGGCACACCUCUACGGCAACGGAUGGGUUCCAUCUGUGAGCGCCUCGACCACCAAGACCAAAACCAACCUCAUGACCAACCCAGCUCUCCACGGCCCCCUUCAUCCUCCCAACCCACCUAUUGUUCUGAGAGCGAGAUUGGCGAGCCUGGGUCUCCAGUCUACGCUAAUGGUGAAUGGGCCCAAGUCGAUGAGCGUGACCGUGGGAUCUUUUACGAACUGUAUUCUCCCUACGACACUCCAUACGACACACCCACACCUUCUGACCUGCCAUCACCCACUGACCUCCCGGCGCCAUAUGACACCUACUACGCCAACACCAUGAACAACAACCAACAUUUUGAUCCCUACGACCCAAUUUUCGACCCCCAUGUUCAAUCCGUGCUGGCCGCGGCCAAUGCAGAAACCAUGGGCCUCCGCGGGCAUCCUGCUCGUGCGCUGGACGACUUGCAGCGGAGGUUCCAUAGCUCCCUAUCUCUUGGCGGCGAGGACCGCAAGAAUGAGGAGCGGAAGUCCUUUUCUCAGCGCAAGAAGUUGAGAAAGUUCUUCAGUUGGCGGCCUGGGAACUGA